AUGUCGAAGUCAAGUCUUCCUCAUUGGAAAACCACUUUGCUGCAUAGAUCCCCUACUGUCAAUGGCUUCGAUGAAUUCAAAGCUCUCAUUCAGCGUCCUCAAGUUCUCAAUGGUAUUGCUGGAUGUGAAGAUCGGUGGGAAUCAGCACUGUUGUCUUUACUGACACAUGGGCUCCGCAACAAUGGCAGCCAUCUCGACCACAACAACAGCUUCUACCAAUUGACUUCGGAUCACUACCGCACUGGUGUCUCAAAGACUCAGCCAAGUCUAACGCAGGAGAAGAUUGGUAAUUGGCAUUCUCAAACUUUACACACCGAGCACAUUUUGCAUUGUAUAUUUGAUCUGCACAUGUGGUGCACCAUUCUAGACAGGUUGACAGGUGGAUCUACCAUUGUAUUGCAUCACCCUGGUGCUACAUCUCCAAACGUGAACAUUGCGCCUGAAACACUCAAAGCUAACAUAUACAUCAACCCUAAUGUCCUUGAAGAGCACCAUGAGCUCCAUGCAGUGGUUGCUCAGAUCACCCAACUCUUUCUUUCCGACUAUGCUACUCUGCUUGCAAAUGCAUUUGCAGACACCCGCACUCGGCACAAGUGGGGUAAUUCCACGAUGGCUCAGACCCCUACAAAGGGAAAGGCCCGAACAGAAGACCUCAUCAUGCCCCUCAUUCCCCGCCCAAUUGUGCCAACCUCUGCACACUUCAUCUUUCCUGGUCGUCCUGCAGGCUCCCUGGAAUGGCUGUUGAGUUCCAGUGAUUAUGUCUUGUCACACGCACCAUCCUUCGAUAACGAUACUAUCAAAUGGAAGCCGCAUCAAAUUGGUUUGGUGCAAGGUCGAAGGGAUGUGCCUGCUGCCGGGGUUGGAGGGUACUUCAACCACUAUGACACAUACUGA